UUCCGUUCCUUGGCACGUACUGGCCAAGGACAUUUAUUUCAUCUUUUAUAUAAGGCCUUCGGCCCAAAUAAAAUAUAAUUGCUAUUUACAGAGGAAUGAUCACUUCGACGUUUAAAUGAGUGAUAAAGAAAUUUACAUAAACAACUUAUUGUAUUGAUAUCAGUAGUGGACAUUAAUUGAGUAAACUUAACUUUGGAUGGAUUAACAAUAAAAUACUUGAAUAUAUAAUGUUUACCAAUAUCAGUGUAACAAUAAUAUGAAACCCUUUUCGUCUCAAUGUGAAAUUUUAUGGAAACUCUUUUAAUCAUAGAAUAAAAUAAAAACACUUAAAAAAUGUAUUGUAAAAUAUUUGAAUUCCAGACAAUUCAUUUUAUUUGCACUUUCAAAUCACAAAAAAUGACAAUAAUAUCAUAUAAUAUAUUAUAUUACACUACUUUAAAAAUGCACACCUUAUUUUAACAUUAAAUUCAUUAAAUUAUAUGUACAAAUACGGCAUACUACAUACAAAAAUAGAGUAAUAAUCACUUUAGAAUUUCAUGAUUGCAGUAAAGUAUUUUCGUAUUUGUAUUUAUCCUCAGUGUAAUGAUUGCUCUCAUGUAAAGAAGAACUGAUGCAGAAAUAUUUAAAAAAACAACUUAAGGUAUUGUAUCUUAAACAAUCUAUUGAAUGGUACCUGUUAGGAGAAGGAAUUAGAAAGCGUCGACGGGAUGACGCGUCUGACUGUGUGUUGACGAUUAAUGCGUGAAGUUCAAGGAAGUUUCUAUAAAAAAUUCAAAACACCGCGUAUAUGAGCUUAACGGUAGUAUGUUCUUACACUGGUAAACACUUUUUCAAAAGCAAUUUCUGCUAACGUACGGACGAUAACUGUUUCGUAAUUAAUUAAUUCAUUUAUUUCUAUUUAUUUAACUUAAAUUCAACAUUAGGAGGUAGACAUUCGGCUACAAGCCAUCUUCUCAUAAUGGCAUCAAAAUCCUCGGAAGAGCUUGAUUGGAAGAGUAUUGUCAAUCCUUUUAAACCAUUUAUUAUUAAACUGCACAAUGACAUGGUAGAGAAAGAUUUGGAAAAGGCCAAAUUCUGCUCAAGACAAAAGUUAGGAAGUGCAGUAUUAGAAAAAAUACAAACACCGCUUGAACUGUUUCAAAAACUGGAAGACUAUAAUAUUAUCACGGAAGACGACACUUCAUUCCUGGAGCAGAUCUACCAACAUAUUAAACACAAUACCGGCCUACAUGAAAUACAAGAGUACAAGAGUAUGAGAAAGAGGCACAGAGAAUUUGAACGUCUCCUGGCUGUUAAAAGCGACCCGUUAUUUGUUGGAAGAGACGAUGAGCUAAUGAGGAUAAUGAAGGCAUUUGUGGAACUUGUGGAACCGGCAGGUGGGUGUUGCUGCGUGGUUCUCGCUGGUCCGCCUGGCAUCGGUAAAACUAAGAUAUCCAUCAAGACUUGUGCAAUCUUCUCCGCCUACUUGAAGGAUGGUGGCGUUGUUAAGUCUUACCUUGUGAAUUUGAGGAAUGUGGCAUCAUUUGGCGCGGCUGGAGCAGCCAUCAUGAAUGCAAUUGGCUUUAAAGAAAUAUCGCCCACCACGUUUCGUAUCGAUGAUUUAUUGCAAUGGAUGCCACCAAAAGAUUCAGAAACCAUUAUCUAUUUAGAUAACGCAGAUGAUAUUCUUAGGCCAAGAAGUACAUCACGUGAUGAUUUCACGAACUUUCUUUGUGAAUUCCUUGAGGAAAGUAAACAGCGAAUAAAGUUUUUGAUUACUACCAGGUACAAGAUUGAUAGUGACGUCCUAAUUGAACGUGAAAACUUCCAUCAACUUGAUCUAAAACCACUUGAGUUAUCAGAUGCUGAGAAACUUCUACUCCGCUCUUCUGGGAUUCCCAGCCUAGACGAUGGAUUAUGCACUAGUUUGGUGUCUGUGUGUGGUCGUAACCCACAUGCAAUCAGAGCAUUGGCAAGCCGUCUGAAACAGGGGCAGAUCAAACCAAAGAAAUUACUGGAAAUUCUGCAGAAACCUGUUCCAGAUAGUCGGAUUCUUGAUUGUCGGUACCAAAUGAACAUGACAGAGGAUGGUCAGGAGAUCGAGCAGCAAGAAAGUGUGCUCAACUGCCUUCGUGUUUUAUUUAAUCAACUCGAUAAAGAUUCAAAGAAAUACUUAAUCAAGUUGUCUGUGUUUCCAAGUUUCUUUUACGAGGAAGUUGCAACCGUCAUUCUUGAUGAAGAUGAAAGUAUGAUUAGUUUGUAUCUGCAGGAUCUCUGUAUCUACGGGGUAUUGGAAUUCGAAAAGCUUGACCAGUUCGUAAACAUUGCAUCUGGUGCAGGUAACUUUAACCAGUACAAUUUACAUACAUUGGUGAGAAUGACAUGUGCAGGUGCAACAAAAGAAGAUGACUCUCUCAGAAAACUUAGAGACACAGCGAUGGCAGCGUUUCUUAAGCACUACCAUCAGGUGCUAAAUAACAUUUCUGAAGUUGCAAACAUGAAUUUUAAGGAAGGUCUUGAAAUGUACCAGAACGAUAAAGUCAAUUUGAUGCAAUAUAUUGAGCAUGCAGCAAAGAUCCAGUCACAACAAACCGCUAAAGAAUUGGACUUUUCUAAAGAAGAUAAACGAUAUCUCAUAAUCUCGAGUUUGGUUGAUGCAGAUCGAAGAUCAGAAUAUUUUAAGAACGCUUUAGCUAAGGCUGAAAAGGAGAAAGACGGGAUCACUUACAGUUUAAUGUGUGCAUGGCUUGGUGAACAGUACAUAAGCCAAGCUAAGUUGGAGGAGGUGCACGAAAUUGUAGACAAGGGGUUGACAACGUUGGAAAAACUAAACGCCAGCGAGAAACAUCAUAAGAAUGCAAUGAUAGCUAAGGCAGCCUGUUUGUACGUAAAAGGGCGAGCAUUUGCUGACCAGCGAGAGUACAAUGACAGUCUGGACUGUCUUCAAAAGUCGUUGGAUAUACGAACGAAACUCGAGGGAGAUCACACGAUGACUGCUCGCGCUCUUAAUGCAAUCGGUAACGUGUUUUAUCUUCAGAAGAAACUUCGGGACGCCCAACGCUAUCACGAACAGGCAUGGGAAAUGAUUAAAAUUAUUACAGAAGGCAAACCUGAACUGCAUUUGGAUUCCUCUGUGUAUAUUAUGAACUUGGGCGCCUGCUUCAGAAGCUGGGGUAAUCGGCACAUGGAUGCAAACGAACCAGAAAAGGGAGAGCAACAAUAUAAAAAGGCUCUGGAGUGGUUUGAUAAGGCCUUAGAAAUGCAGCACAAUAGUUUCCCUGGGUUGGAAAUCGAACAAACGGCAAAGAUCUUAAAGAACAGGGCGCUUUGUCACUUUGAAUUGGAGGAUUACAGUGAAGCAUUACCUGAUGCAGAGAAAAGCUUAAGAAUUAUUCAGCGUAUUUUCAAAAAAGAAAACCCAGAAACAGCAAGAUGCCUGUACUUCGUUGGCACUACUCAUCAUCACAUUGGCAAGAAAAUACUGAAGUCUACCGAAGUUUCAGAAGACGAGAGAGCUGAUGCUCAUAAAAACUUUGAAAAAGCUUUGAAAUUCCUCGAGGAUGCUUACAAUAUGGAGCACAAACUAGGACCCGGCAGACAAAGCCAAGACUACGAAGAACUGAAGAGGGAGAUAGUGGAUGUUCUGAAAUCCAUGGGUGAAGACGAAGAUCCGAUUGUCCGGUGGGAACAACGAUUUGCAGAAACAGACAAACAGAAACAGAGUGAGGUAUAUAACAUGAGUUAUGAGAAAGUUGGGCCACCCACAUCAUCACUAGCCACGCUCAGAGACGAUGCUUCGGCGGAAACAGGAACACCUCCUGCAAAGAAAGGACUUCAAAAUUGUCACAUCGCUUAAAAUUUUGCAUGAGAAACUUUCGACGGUUAAACGUUGUGUAAGUUUAUAGUGCAGGAGUUCUCAUCACAUAAAAAAGGCCUAUUUAUUCAUUCGCUGCUAUGGUAUCAAAAUACUUUAAUUACCCUGGUGUGCUGCUCCACCCAUUGGGUUGGCAGACGAAAGUAACUGGCAUCGGUUUUCCGGGUAGAGGGAUCACCAUUAGUGGUGCAGGAAAUUUCUCAUGCCUGCUAUGGCCGCCAUUCUGAAUUCAAAAUGGCCGCCUCAUCAUAAAAAUGACUGAUCCCUAUAUCUUGACAACGGAAAAUCGUAAAGACUAUAGUUUGUGCUCUCAAAUGUGCUCCCAAAACCGUUGGUCAUAAAGACCUAGUUAUGGCCUCAAAUUGUUUAGAGUAUGCAUGUUCCUAUUUUCACUAAUGCAACAUGUUGCCCAAAGUGACCGGAAAUGACAUUUAUGACUAUUGACUGUAUAUAACUUGCAGUAUAUCCAUAUCUCUAUAACCAAUAAUCAUAAAGGCCUAAUUUUGGCCUCUUUUGACUCCUUAAACCAUAGUAUAAAUUAAAAAGAAUAUUGUUUUAUGUAAAAUAUUAUAGGAAUUAUGGGUAAUAUUCAAAUUUGGAGGCCAUUUUGGCGGCCAUUUCAAAUUCUCCAAGGGUAAAAUAAAUAUUACCCGGUGGAAUAUCAAUCUGGACCACUUGUAGAGCCACAAUCCACUGAAAAAAAUUAUGCACCAAAUUUUGGACGCUUAACCACCAUGGCACCCAGACUAUGAACGCGAUAUGUUCAUGGUAUGGAGCGCCAUGAACGUGAAGUUUGGCAGAUACCGGCACUACCCAUUAUUAUUAUUAUUAUUAUAUUAUAUUUUAUUAUUUAUUUAUUUAUUUUAUUAUUAAUAUUAUUAUUAUUAUUAUUAUUAUUAUUAUUAAUGUAUGCAAGGUACGUAAAUGAUGUAGUAAGCAAAUAGGUAUCAGGUCUGCGUAUUAUAUUCCUGUUCGUUUGAUGUGGUAAAUGUUAGUCCUUGUAUAAUCCUUAGAUAAUGUGCUUUGUGUUUUAGUGAUAGCUAAAUUCAGAUUUGGCAGCCAUAUUGGCAGCCAUUUUGGAUGUUCACAGAGGCUUAAAUUGACAUUUGGUGGUGGCAAUGUAUUUUGACUUCUUAAACUAUAGUAUAGAUAAAUAUUGUUUUAUGUAAAAUAUUAUAGGAAUUAUGGGUAAUAUUCAAAUUUGGAGGCCAUUUUGGCGGCCAUCUUGGAUUUCUCAAAUUCCCUAAGAGUAAAAUAAUAUUACCAAUAUCAAUCUGGAUCACUUGUAGAGCUACAAUCCACUGGAAACAAUUAUGCACCAAAUUUUACACGCUUAACCACCAUGGCACCCAGACUAUGAACGCGAUAUGUUCAUGCUAUGGAGCGCCAUGAACGUGAAGUUUGGCAGAUACCGGCACUACCCAUUAUUAUUAUUAUUAUUAUUAAUGUAAGGUACGUAAAUGAUGUAGUAAUUAAAUAGGUAUCAGGUCUGCGUAUUAUAUUCCUGUUCGUUUGAUGUUUUGAUUUUUUAGAAAAUAUGAUUUGUGUUUUAGUGAUAGCUAUUCUUAGGCAAAUUCCUAAACCUUGGUACUGUAACGUAAUCUAUUCUUUCAGCAGUAUUAGCAUAAUAAAUCACAUACGUUGGUACACUUAUUUGAAUUUAAUUAAAAUUGUAAUAUUUUGCACUGGUUCUACCUAAAAUUUACAUUCUAUUUUCGGCUGUUAGGUUUUAUGGUAACGUAUUUAAUGUAAAAUUGUAUUAUGGGAAGGCGUAAUUUUAUUUAGAGGCAACAUUUAUGUGGCUAUUAACCGAAAUUUUUAUAUGCAUUCCAUUUUUUAGCUGAUAAGUAUUAUGUAGUGUAUCAAUUGUUAAUUUUAAACCUUGAACCGGUUAUAAGCAUUUACAAAUAUUAUUGGUUUUAAUAAACCUUCUAGUUGAUGUAGCUCAGAAACUGACCUAAAGCUCCGUCCACACUAUCACCUUUUACGUCAAAUAUUUUGUGAUGUGUCCACAUGGGCGUGAUGAUGUCAUAUUACCCCGAAAUAUGGUCACAUCACGGAGUGUCACGUAAAGCUUGAUAGCCUGGACAAAGCUUAAGAGUGAAGCAUGAUUCAAAUAUCCAGGGGUGUCGCCAGGAUUUGCCAGGCGUGGUGGGAGGGGAUUCGAGGUCCCGACGGUGGGUGGAGGAGGAGCCAAUGUCGAGAGAGAGAAACUUGAGCGUGGUCGGGUGUCGCUCAAACUAUUCCAAAACUGGUUCAUGGCUGAAGCUCCCUAACUCCCUAAAAUUUUGAUAAUUUGGUGGAUUGAAAGCUUUAUUUAAUCGAUUUUAGUGUCUACUAAAAUGUAGCAAAUUUUUAUCCCUGACGAAUUGUGGUAUUUCUCCCCGACGGGGGAGGAGAGAAAACUCUUCCGGACAGGGGGCCCUUACCCAUCCCCCCUGGCGCCACCCCUGCAAAAAUCGUGUGGUUGCAAAUAUGAUAGAAAAUUGUUUGACAUUUAAUAAACGAAUGGUGGACUGGAGUAAUGUGAAGCUAUUUUUUAUUGUAUGUUCGUCUUUUGAUGAAUAAUUAUAAGGUAGCAAUUUGAAUAGGUGUAUACAGAUAAGUAAUUGAAUUUAUUAAAACAAUAGAAACAAUAAA